GCGAGCGAGGCAGGCAGGCAUGGCGGCGACACUGCUGGCCGGGCUGGCGCUGCUGGCCGGGCUCUACGUGUGGUUCUACUACAACUUUGUGCGCGGGCCCAAGUGCCCCAACGAGAGGAGCCUGCGCGGCAAGACGGUGCUGCUCACGGGGGGAAACACGGGAAUUGGGAAAGCGACGGCAAUGGACUUGGCCCGGAGAGGAGCUCGUGUCAUUCUGGCGUGCCGCAACAAAGAACGAGGAGAAACAGCUGUCUAUGACAUCCGGAGGGAAAGCGGAAACAAUGAGGUCCUCUUCAUGAGCUUGGAUCUGGCCAACCUGAGUUCAGUGCGGUCCUUUGCAGAUGCAUUCUUGAGAUCUGAGCCGCGCCUCGACAUUCUGAUAAACAAUGCAGGUGUUGAGUAUGGGGGCACAAGCGCCGAAGGCUUCAAUUUGGCUUUCCAGGUUAACCACCUGAGUCACUUCCUGCUCACUCACCUCCUCUUGGAUCGGCUGAAGCACUGUGCUCCUAGCCGUGUGGUGGUACUGGCAUCUAGAGCACACAGAGUGGGAAAGAUUGACUUCCAGAACAUUCACAGGCCGGUAGAUGGGCAGCUGAAAUCUUUCCAGGCCUACUGCAACAGCAAAUUGGCCAAUAUCCUGUAUACUCGAGAGCUGGCUAACAGACUGGAAGGGACCAACAUUACCUGCUAUGCAGUUCAUCCAGGGGUCGUUAACACAGAGCUCUUUCGCCACUUUCCCAUCUGGCUGAGGCCAGUAAUGGACGCGUUUAGCUGGGUCUUCUUACGCGAUCCUGUGGAUGGAGCUCAGACGUCUAUCUAUUGUGCUACUCAGGAGGGGAUCGAGAGGUUUAGUGGCCACUAUUUUGCCAACUGCAAGCUGCUAGAGCCCUAUCCCAAUGCCCGUGAUGAUGCUGUCGCCAAGAAGCUUUGGGAGUUCAGUGAGAGAAUGUUAGGACUCACAGAGUAAACUUGUUGGUGCUUGGAAGGUGUCUCUGCCGUAGGAUCGGAGGGACUGGGGAGGGGAGCUUUAUGAUAUGCUUUGAACAGCAAGAAGAGGUUGUGAAAGAGAAAAUGGCACUGGACCAACAGAGGCACAACAUUCAGGCACUUUUGGAGUUGGACCUGAAGUCCUGACAGUUCCCUCUUUUCACUCGCUGCUUUCUCUGGGGUCUCACUAGCUACUUUCCCUGCUUUAUCGAUUAUGAGGCCUUAGAAUUCUGUGAAAUGUACAACAAUGAACACAUUUUCUAAUAAAAUCUAUUCCAGGAGG